GCGAGACGUCAGAUUUGUCGUUUUUGUAGGUUUGGGUGCCCUGUGGUGUAGUUUAAGUUCGACGUCAAACACUUCCGAGCCAACGUUUUAAUAACCGAAAGGGUGAUACGCAAAAGGAUGAUAAAACCACGAAAAGUCGCUUAAAUGUUUCUUAAUUUUUGUUGAUACUUAUUUCCUAAGAAAAAAAAAAUCCGAAACGGAAAUCAGAAUGUCAGCUAGCGAUGGUACGGUUUCAGGAAUUCAUCUUCUUCGCCAAUUUUCGAUUUUCUUAGCAUUCCUUGUUUUUUCCCUAAAGAUUCAGGAGUCUAAUCUACAAAAUGGUCAGUACGGGAAAGGAGAUUUCAUUAUUGGAGGUUUAUUUCCCAUUCAUUUACAACAACAGAACGGCAAUUGCUCAGAGCUUCGCCCUGGAAGUCUUGUGUGGUCAGAAGCAAUGAAACUCGCCAUCGAAGAGAUCAACAACAACUCUUCCUUCCUGCCGAACAUAACGCUAGGCUACGAUAUUCAGGACACUUGUAGCCAUGAACAAGCAGCAAUCGCUUCAGCUGCUCAGUUUUCAUAUACUAAUACAUUAAUGUUUGAUGAACGUUAUAAGUCAGCUGUGAACGGUUGCUUCAUUGGUUCGACUGUAGUAAGCAAAACUCGUUCGCCUGUGAUUGCUAUUCUUGGUGGUGAGGAUUCUCGAGUUUCAGUUCACAUAGCCAACGUCCUGCAGCUUACAGACACUGCCCAGAUUAGCUAUGCAGCUACCAGCUCAGAGCUCUCGGACAGGGAGCGAUUUUCGACAUUUUUUCGGACCGUUCCCUCGGAUGAGUUUCAGUCAAAAGCUAUGGUGGACAUAGUGAAUCACUACAAAUGGACGUGUGUUGCGCUCGUUGGCACAGACGAUGUUUACGGAAGGAGUGGCCUCGAUUCCUUCGUUGAUGCUGCAAAGGAAAAAAAGAUUUGUCUUGCAGCGAUCGAAUUAUUCCCGGUUCAUGAUUCAGCUGUGCAGAUAAAGGAAAUGGUGAAAAAGUUAAAGUCAAUGAAAUAUGUUGAGAUAAUUGUUCUGUACAGCCUGUCUGCUCAAGCAGUAAAAGUGUUCCAGGAAUGUCUUGCUCAGAAUAUGACAGAGAAAACAUGGAUAGCUAGUGAUGGAUGGUCAGAUUCAGCCUAUAUUCGACAGAAACAAUUUAUUCCUAUAAUUCAAGGGACGAUUGGAAUUGAAUUUAGGGAAAUAAAGUAUGAUGCAUUGGAAAAUCAUCUAAGGAAUUUUGCAAUAUUGAAGUCUCAAGAGAAUUUAUGGUUGGAUGAAUUUUUUAUUUUGGAAUUUAAUUGCUCACGCAAGGGAGAUCCAACCAAGAAUAUUCCUAUUUGCAGUGGAAAUCAAAGCAUAUCUAAAGACCUGUAUUUGGAGAAACUGCAUAAUCCAAUAUCCCCUUAUGUUAGGGAUGCUGUAUAUGCCGUUGCACAUGCUCUGAAUUCUUUCAUGAGGUGCUCACAUUUAGAUUGUGAGAACACAAGGGAUUCAUUCACUCCUAAGAAGUUGGUCAGUGCUCUUUGGAGUACAUCAUUUCUGGGAUUAACUGGCAAGUUUAAUUUUUCUCAAUUACAAAAACAGGCUCGUUAUGACAUUAUUAAUCUUCAGGUGAAUAAUGGCAAUUUUGAGGUUGUAAAGAUUGGUGAGUGGGAUGCUGACGAAUUGAGAAUAGCAAAAGACAAAGACAUACAGUGGCAUAAUCACCAAAAACCACAUUCUUCUUGCGGUAGCAUAUGCAAAAAAGGAACUUACAAAAGUCCUACUAUACAAUGCAUAUGGGAAUGUAUGCCAUGUUCAGGGGAUACUUUUUCUGAUGCCGUCAACUCCGACAGAUGUAAGGACUGUCCCAAAGGAUUUAUUCAUGCUAAUAACCAUACAACAUGUAUUGAAGUUCUUCCACAAUACAUUAAAUGGAGCGAUCCAUGGGGAAUUGGAUUGAUUAUAGCCAAUUGUCUGUGCAUUAUAUUGAUUCUAUUAAUCCUUGGCUUAGUAAUAAAGAACUACAAGACACCUAUAAUCACAGAAACAGGAGGUGUUCUGAAUGUUGUACUUUUGAUAGUAAUUCUUCAAACUUUUGUUUUUAACUUUGUAUUGCUUUCAAAGCCUUCAGACACUCGAUGUCACUUCUUGACAGUGUCUUUCUAUCUUGUGUACACAUCUGGAAUAGUGACUUUCUUACUCAAGCUGAUCUUCAUCCAACGCUUCCUUAGAGAGAAAAAAGAGUUAAAUGUUACAGCAUCAGCACAAAAUAACAUACCAACAUUUACAGAGAAUUCUCGAAGGCCAAUGUGGCAUUACUAUAUACUUGGAGUUUUUGCAGUCCUCUUCCCAACUUUUAUGUCAGUACUAUGGAUUGUAUUUGGAGAAAUGCAUUCUGGCAAGACUGUAAUCUCUAGAGACAUUGUAUACCUUGCUUGUAAGUCAGACAACUCAGUUAAAGGAAUAAUUCUUCGUUUUUUUAGUGUCAUAUUUCUUUCAGUUUUGGCAUUUUUAACAACAGUGUAUGCUUAUAAAACAAAAAGGAUUUCACAGCUUCAGAAAUUUAGAGAAGCAAAGCAUCUAGCAUAUGCCAUGAGUGUGUUCACGGUGACRUUGUUGAUAUUCUAUCCAGGAUGGACAUUUAUCCAAGGCCCUGUGCUCCAAGUUUUUUCUUGUUCUAUGAACAUGAUUGCUGGAUCAGGUGUUAUUCUUUGCUCAUUUGGACCUAAAAUACAUGUGUUGUUGGUGUGUCCAGUCUUAAACUCAUUCCUUCAUGUUCACCCAGCGCUUAAAUCUGUACAUGCUGCAGCUCUAGGGGCUGGACUGACAUUACUAACAACAGGUAAAGGACGAUCUGCUACGAUAUUAGAAGACUCCUCUCCAUCCCAUACCAUUAGCUCACCCACAACUACAACAUCAAUUUCCUAAAGGCUAAGGAUAAUAACUAGAGUGCAUAUCAUAUAUCCAUGAAACUGUUACAUAACUAACAAAAUUGUACAAAUCAGUGUAAAGUUUUGUACGUCUACAGUUUGAGGAGCUUACUAAUUUGUUCAAAUUCAUGCAAUUUCUUACAAAGUUUUUCACAUAUAUAUGUAUGCAAUCUAAUGUGCAUGACGAUAUUUUCUAAAUUUCAGGGCUUAAGAUAAAGCCGGUCAAAUUAGUUUAAGCUUGAGCAUAACUUGUUUUUGGUUCAACGUUACAGUUGGAUUCACAAAACUUUAAUUCCAAAGUUAGUUCCCAAGUU